AUGGCGUACAGAUAUUCAACGGCUGUCGUGACGAAGCCUUCGAGGAAGGUAUUUGGCACUGAAUUUGAACAAGCACAAAGGGAAUAUGACCUCUUUGUGGAUGCACUCCGUCAGUUGGAUGUGAACAUCCUUGAGUACGACGUGGAUGAGCGUCGCCCGCAUGCCCACAAGGUUGCCGACGUUGCCGUCAUAAUUAACGGCACGGCGCUUAUGUGCAGACCUUAUGGUGGCGAUAGACAAAGCGAGGUACCCGUUCUGGCGAUCUCUAAAUUCUCUAGGUUAACGUUAUCAGGCAGACUCUAAAGAAAGAAAUGGGACUCACGAUUGCCGAGCUCAAUACCGAGCAUGCACAGCUGGAAGGUAGUGAUGUCCUUUUCACAGGUAGGCACUUCACCUUUUAAAUUCCUUCGGACUCUGGCUUUGUGCUCAGAGGUGAAUAAGCACUUAUUAAAGUUACGGCGUGUCGUUUGGAACCCUAGUAUAAAUUCUACAUCAGGUCGAUAACUGAUCAUUGCAGAAAGGCAGCAAUAAGUAUGGCGUGUGAGCGCAGACUUUGUUAAAUUUUUUGCUGUUGAGUCGAUUUAAAAAGUAAUGAUACAGCUGUACAGAGGUAUAGCGCUGGGUCUGUCUAUGUUAUUUGGGAUUUUAUUAAAGUAUGUAUUUUUCGUGUACGAACUAGGUUUCCCCCACCCCUUGCCCUCUCAUUUCAUUAAUCCUCGUUUCCCGGAAUUAAUUCAAGCGAAAGUCUUGUCGACGUUUGCGUUUAUUAGACUUUAUUGCAAAAAAUAUGCAUAACGUAGAAGCUGCAGAUUUAAUUGUCUCCCCGCGUCUUGUUAUCCGCCAGUGUGUGACGGGAAGAAUGCGCACGAGGUUAGCACUAAACGACAGGCGUAUAUCCGGAUAAUGUGUGAGCUGACUGUAAGCCUAAGACGUUGAAUCCAGUCUAGCACGCAGCAUCCUGUACUCAUUUAGAAACCUCUUAAGAAGUCUUGUGAAGGCGACCUCCAGUUCAUACACGUGAACACUGUUCCGUUAUGUAUACCUGUAUUUUACAAUAUGUUAGAUAGCUAGUCAAGAACAUACCACCAAUAUCAUCGUACGGGCUUUAGUCACGCAGGCCAUCCUUUAUUUUUGCUCUCAAAGUUGAUCUUUGCCGUCACCUAGUCGUCAAAUAGGGCUCAAAAUACCCACGUAGCAAAGUUGUUUAAAUUCCAUUCGCCCUGAUACCCCAGAAAUGCUGUGUAAAAUUGUGUCGCGUUAAAUCUCUAAACCUUGCUAAUCUGCUGCGGCAAUCUAUGCAGCUAGCCAGUCUGUGACGCGAAGGUGCUCGUGGAGUCUUAGGUCGUUCAUGAUCGACGAAACUGUGCAUGAUCCCAUUCGUUUUCCACCGUUAUAGCCUUCCCUUAAGUGUUUUUCUUAGAGGGCGAGCGCUCAGAACGGUCAUAGAAGUCUAGGAAGCCAACCAUACUAACACCUCUUACUAUGGUAUCGCCUUACCCUAAAAUAUACUACUUGCUGCUUGUCGGCAGUUAUGGAAUAUCACGCUGUUACUCGCUGUGGUUGAUGAACUUCGACCCAAAUAUACAUACAUAGAAGUUUCGGUCUGAGCCUAUAGAUGUGGGAUAUACUGAUCUACUCCAAGUUCGCAGUAAAUUUCUGAGGAAAUUAAAAAAAACAAGGGUACUUGGAGUAGAACAGCGGUAAGCUCACACAGCUGACGGCAGCUGAAAUGCCAGCUGUUUAGAUAUUUAAUAUUUAAGAUUUCCUAGGAUGAAGGUAAUAGUUAGACGAGUUAAUUACCACGCUAUAUACUUCCUUGACACUUCCUACGCUAUCGGAAAGAAUGUUCUUCACACACGCUAUCUUCUCACCAAGCCUAAUGCCCAUAUUUGCUGUUGUGUCAACGCGGAGUAAUGAAUCGAUUGUGCGCAUAAACUGUUUUCUUACAUCUUGCGCUAGGUGAAGUGAGUUCCUCUCUUUCGUAUGCAGAAGCCUAGGUUUGUGUCCAUUGCGUGGACUACUAACUCGUAUGUCCACUUCACUUCAGCCUACCGAGUGUAGAGUGGAAAUUACCUGUACUCUGUACUCUUUCAGAAAUCGAAGUCGCCUGAACUUCUACAUUUUUAGCAAAACUGUUCUGGCAGACGCGUUUACACUUCACAGCCUAUGAUUGGCUCUCAACCUAAUUUUGGUCGAUGUAUAGACGAAUUCGCUUAAUCAACUACCUUAGACCAGUAGCUUUUACCCACAAACCCUUUAUUUUCCUCAUCACAUCCUUGUGAACAAGACGAAGAAAAGUAAGGGGAAAAUUGGACACUAUUUCUAGGUUGCAAUUGGUGGAAGGCGACUAUCCAACUAUGUGCCGACUGCUACUCUCGCCCACGAAAUAUCCGUCCUUCCUAUCCCUCUGACGACCUUUCGUGAGUACGCUCUUACAUCUAAAUCGUUCACAGCCUUUAAGAGUGUCAAAUUCUUAAAUCACUUGACGAAAGCUCGUGUAGGUGCAUCGCAAACAACACGUGCGCUGCGAACACAUGUACUGCAGAGGAGAAGAGUGCCUUGUAUCUCUUCUCCUUGAAGAAAACUAGUUUCCUCAAUAGGCCCUUCACAGAUUUGCACACCCCACGGCGUUUCGUUUCCACAGUACUGGGGUGCUCCAGUAUUCCUAAGCUGUUUUGGAAACCGCGCCUCUAUAAUUUUUCUGUGCACUUGGAAAUAUCUGUUGAAGGCAAUACUCUUGUUUCCGUAACUAACGAUAAUGUUACUCACCGUUUGUUUCACGUAAAAGGUAUGCGCGCGCCGGAACCUGCGUCGUUGCCGAUAACCUUAAUCGGUCAUUAUGGCAUUCGUCCGCCACCAUCACGGCCAAAACCACCGCCACAGCCUUCUGAUUUAGUCUUAAGGGCAAAUAGCGCGUGGAUUGAUAAUGGUGUAGACGGCAUGACACGAAUCAGGGAAUACGGAUAAAUGUCAAGGUUGGUUGCUUUAAAGAAGGGGACACUGGGCUCCACUUUCUGCAUGCAAUAACAUGCCGCUAAUUCAUCUCCAGUGAACCCGAUUUUACGCACUCGGCCAUAUUUAUGCGUGUAUUAACUGUCGUGUAAGUCAGUCAUAUCAACGCCUUCUGUUUUUAGAGCGAACCACCACCACCACCACCACCACCACCACCACCACCACCACCACCAAAUUCACUACGAAUACUGUGGAGCAUAUUAGGGGAACCUAAGAGGAUGGGUCAAAAACACCGAAUAACCACUGACUUCAGUGGGAUAACCCGUUCGGUAGUCUGCCAGAUGCUGAGAUUUGUAUCGGCAUCUUCGACUAGAAGGCAUUUCAGUGUGAGGCACGCAGUCCUUUUUUUCCUGAAGAAGCCAGCUUGCAUAUUUGACAUUCGAAUCAGGCAAGGACCGGGGCACAGGCUACUGCUGACGCUGCAGUACUGGUCAACAGUAAAAAUAAGGGCUCAGGGCCUUGAUGUAGGUUUGGUUCCAUAUGUAGUACUCUAACCACCCAAGGGUAUGGUCUUGUCUUCUUCUAGAUGACAGUCCGUAUAGGCUUCCUUGAUGCUUCUGCUUUGUCGAGCGUCUCUUCGGCUGGAAUCCUGAAAAUUAGAGCGAAUUGAGUUCAUCAUCCGCAAGUGCAAGCGUACGCAGAUAGAAUAUGUUGACGGUGGAAAAAGUGUAUUAAAAGAAAUAUAUCAACUGGGGUAAUUAGUCCUGUUCCGUCUUCCUCCUUACGGGCGGUCCCUCGACUGGCCCUCUCACAGUCUUCCACGGCGGUCACUAAAAAGGUACGUUCGGAACACAAAUCAGUCAAACGGUACAGGAAAAACAUGGCAAGGACACAUUAAAACAACAAGGUUAGGACGUCCUUCUACGCUAUAAACCUCAACUUGGCUUUGGAAUAUCAUUCACGCAAGGCAGCAGCCAGAAGGAAGGUCUAUAUACCGGUGCAGUUAUUAAACGCGACGGCAUCUCAUAGAGUAAUCGUUCUAUCAUACCUCUAACCCACGAAAUCAUGGUAUUACCGCUGCUGCUGGUCCCUAACUGUUUAUUUGCCAAAUCUUGGGAGCUACUCAUUGGGCAGCAAACGUUCUUAAAAAAAUCUCAAAAUGCAAUCUAAAGACGUGCCAGGUGGUUCGCGUUUUUGGCCGACCGAGUUGAGUGGAAAUCGCCGACAUGGCUUAUCUAUCACAGACGACCCAUUUAGCCAGUCUUGAUAGAGAGUAGAAACCAAAAAAGACAGUCGGCGACAGCCCUUUGUUGGCUACCACUUUUACCCAUCAUUGCUCUCUCAUCUCCAUGUAUUCUGUACUGGGCCAUCUCUUUCUUCGCUCCUUGUUGAAUAGUGAUUUGAGCCCUUGAAAUUACAACCGAAGAUGUCGAGAGACACCCGGGUUUAGUGCGAACUCUUAGGCCUUUGGCGUUAUGCUACUUCUUACAGGUCAAGAAAUAAUUGUUGGGAUCUCGGUUUACACCAACGAGGCUGGCGCUCAGUCAGUGGCCCGUGCCUUCCCCGAGUACCCCACAACCAUCGUGACUGUUGAACCGCCUCUCAACUCCCUACGUGACGCUGUUAAUAUGGCGGGUGUCAAUGUCAUCGCUGUCGGAGCAUCUGAGGCUGCACAUAAAGUCUUUAAGGUUGGUUGUGCGAAUGUAUUUUUUCAUGAAUUUACUACACUACUUUGACUGUCUGGUCUCUUUGGGAAACUUAAUUUUCGACCAGAAAUCUACCCUUCACAGGAGAGGGGGGGGGACUUACUGAAGGACUAUCUGUAAUCAGUCACCAGACCAGUAAAAUGUUCUGCUUGUUCUAGAUAUCUAAUCGCACUGCCUGAAACUGUACACAAAUAUCUUCACUAAGGCGGAAAGCGGAGGCCGGCAGUUAGAUGAAUUUGCAGGAUAGGACAGGGGCAGGGGCAUUUGGGACAUAGACUCAGGGCAGAUGCUAGGCUUGACUAGAGUGGGCUAUAAACCACAAAAGGAUUGGAAUGUAUCAUUCAUUCUUUAGCCAAUUUUCACCAUAAACUUUCUUAACGACCCAGAAUUUCGUUUUCUAGAUUUUAAAUGAUUACUGGUUUAUUUUCCUACUCCGCCGUACGUUGGAUUUGGCGUACACGCAAGCGGACCAUUAUAGGCGUUAAGUUUUAUCUUGGGAUUAAAUGCUUAGAACAGCUUUUAUGUGUGCUUUUUAGGCAAUCAGCGAGGUGGCUUCUAAUUCUUACAAAGUCCUUCAUUUGGCGGAGCCCAAUGCCGCAAAUCUACUCUACGUCAACGGUUGCCUUAUUCACUACGACAGUGACAUGAUCCCAAACAGUACUCAGGUCAGUUGA